AUGAUUACUCAGAGACCUCCCAUCCAAAUCCAGCAGUCUGACCUCUUGACACAUGCCAUUCCGACCUGGGAAAAGAAUGGGGGGUCGCUCCGACAAGAAGUUGACGAGCUUUGGCGGAUCUUGAUAGCGGCAACAUCAGCCGACAUAUCAUGGAAGAGGAUUUGCAUAUUCGAUGCACUUGAUGAAUGUCGUGAAACGGAUCAGCGCCGAUUAAUAGAAAAGCUCCAAGCGUUUCAUCGCCAGCCAUCUUCAUCGACAGAGGAAACCACAAACACGCAGAAAGGAACAAGGAUCGACGAACCGGAAAACCUUGAACCAACGACCGCAGUCCGGAUUAGAAUACGUGUACGAGUGGAAAACGAACACACCCACGCAGCCCCGGUAUCCCUGGAAUCGACCAACACCGGAACCAGCAGCGGACGGGUGACAACCAAAGAGAUUCAGCAUAUUAUCGAACACCUGCAACACACUAUCGACGAGCAAACCACCCUCAUACAAGCCACUCGGGCCGAACUGAGAGGAGUGAGACAUAGCCAGAAUGAGCUCCAAGCUCAGAACGAGAAGUUACAGGGGGAAGUUCAGGCACUACGGACGCAGUUAAACGAGCUGAACGCACCAUCUCCAGCACGCUCCUGGGCGGCCGUUGCAUUCGGUAGAGACAAACUACAACCCCAGGAGAACCACCGACAGAACGACAAAGACAAGAACUGCGUCCGCAUCAGCACCGGACAGUCUCUCACCGAAUCACCGGAGAAAGAGCCGAGGCUGCGCGGUCAACUUCGGAUAUCGUGGUAUACUCGGACGCCUCGGGACGACAAGGUCAUCUGGGCGUCGCAGCCGCCAUGCUCAACGAAUCACUGGAAACAACAGACAGCAUACGAAUUCGGGUCGGACCCAUGGACCGAUGGUCCGUACACGCCGCCGAGCUGA